UUAAUAUAACUUUAGCUUCUUUGUCGUCCAUAAAAUUAAAUGUAGGGGAGGAUCUCUGGACCAAGUUUUAGAGAUUACGAUCCAAAAUAAACAAAUGAUUGGACGGUAAGUAAAGAUGAAGGAGGAGACUAACGUAUAUGGAGGAGGAAGAAAAUGAAGAAGAAGAAGAUUAAGAAGAAGUGGGGAAAUAAAACAAUUAAUGCUCCGCCCGCUCUCAGGACAACACCAAAAAUUCAUUCAUUCAACUUUAAAUUAUUCUCUAGUUUUCUCCCGCCCGUGUUCAUCUUUGUUAAAAAUCUAAAAAAUUAAUCAACAAUUUUUUUAAUAUGUUUUACAUUAAAUUUUAAAGCGUGUAUUUUUUUUAAAUAAAUAUUUAAGGAAAAUAAGUGAAAAGUUCAUUAAACAAUAUAAAUAAUAAUUCAUUUUACAAGAAAUGCCACGAAAGAAGAAAGUACCAAUACCUUCUUUUAGCAGUGAAGAGGAUUAUGAAUUUGAAGAAAAUUAUAAUAAUAAAGAAAGAUAUAAUAGUCGAGCACCAAGAAAUGCUGCUAAUGCACGUGAAAGAGCAAGAAUGAGAGUAUUGAGUAAAGCAUUUUGUCGAUUAAAAACAACUUUACCUUGGGUGCCUGCUGAUACAAAACUUAGUAAAUUGGAUACUCUUCGUUUGGCGGCAACUUAUAUUGCCCAUCUUCGAGCAAUUUUAUGUGACGAUGGAAGUUCUGAAAUUUCCAAAUCUAUUUCUUUGACUUUGUCUUGGCCGUUUGUUGUUCAGAAUGUCAGUCUACCAAUUUUAAGUAACAAUAGUAAUGAUACUACAACGGAAACUUCUAUUUUGGACAGCAGAGCCAAUUGUUUAUUUAAGAAUAUUUAAAUUUAGAAUAAAAUCACAAAUUUUAUAAAUUGUGUGAAAAAACUGAAAGCCAAAUUAUAAUAUUAUAAAAAUUAUUUUUUAAAAAAUAUUAUUAGAGUUAAAUAAAUUAAUAUAAUGUUUAACAUAAUAUAUCCACUAUUUCAGCAUGUUAAAAACUAUUUAUAAAUCGCAAAAUAUAAGUUACCUUUGCCAAAUUU